AUGGCGGAAAAGCUUCGGUGGUUGCUACGUUCAACAUAACAGUUAUGUUACCAUAUUCAUUGCGGUGAUUUCGUAGAAGAUGACUCGUAGUGUGAAAGAUUUGCGAGAACUUAUCAACGUCUCCAGAUUGUCAUAUCGUGAUGACGAUGAGGAAGAGGAACUGUAUCAUAGUAGUAGUCCAGAAUCAUUGCAAGAUUUUGGUGACAUUCCACUUGAAGUCCCGCAGCCUGCUCUACCAAAGAGACGUAAUAAGGACUUAGAACCUUUACCUAUGAAGGGAAAGCCUGAGAGUCCUCCAUUAAGCCCUGGAUCUUCAGACAGAGGGUCACCAUUACCGCCGAUUGGUGCCUCAUCAAGUGCUAUAUCUAGCCCAUCUUCUUCUGGUCGGAAUUCACCAACAGUUCGCUCCCAAAAUGCAAAUGACUAUGGGGCCCGAAGGAAGGAUACUAAACGACAGAAACCUAAUUUUGAUUCUGUUCUUCUUUACAUGGACGCAACUGUCGUCAGUGAUUGGCUAACAAGAGCGAAUACUUCAAUUCAACAACUGACCUCGUGGUUGCAUUUUAGUGACAAUUUUAUUCAAUUUGCCCACUUUUGGCUGUCUGAAAUGCCAAGAUCAAAACAAAGAGAGCUUAUAGAAAUGGAGUUCACAAUUUCAAUGGAGGAAAUCAAAUUUGCUUUUGGAGCUGGCUUGGACGGAGGAUCUGUUUCGAGUCAAGAUAUUGAUGCCUUUGCUAGAUCUGUGUUUUGGGAAUACCCGGAAAAGUUUCAUAACUCUGAAACUAAAGAUUUCUUCCUCAAAAUUUUACUGUGUUUGUGUUCUGGAAAGAAAAACACUUACCGUGCCCUUCUCUCAGAUGUUCAGUGUUCAACCUCAAACAAGCAGUAUGUGCAACUUAUAUUAGCAACAAGAGCAUUUGCAGUUGUGAAUAUAUGCUCAGGGGUACUGGAAUUUUACAAGCAGGCAUUCAACAGAAGUAGCUACAAAGACCUUAAAGAAAAUUUUCUUGUUAGUAAAACUCUUACUACUAUAGCAACUGAAUUUGCAUUUCAAGCUGUACGGAAAAACCUUCCAGAUGUCCUUGAUUAUUUACUGCAGAAUUAUGGUUUACAGCAUAACACCCUUAAGGACAGCAGUGGUAAAAGCCUUGUUUUUGUAUCUGUUCUCAGCAGCAAAGAAAACAUCCUGAGUUCUCUAUUGAAGCUGAAUCCAAGAGUGGAUAUCAAUGAAAAGGCACCUUCUGGGAACACUCCCCUUCAUGCAGCAGUGAAUACAGGUAAUAUCACCCUGGUGAAGGUGUUGAUUAAUGCUGGAGCAGAUGUCAAUGCUUGGAAUCCUGAAUGUGAAGGAGCAACACCACUUCAUCUUGCGAUAAUGAGUGGUAAUGCUGAAAUGGUCUCAGUAAUGUUAGAGGCAAAAUGUGAUCUGGGCGUUAAGAUGGGCAUCCCUGCCACUGUGACACCCAUGAGCUUAGCUGAGGAUUUAGGACUUGAUGACAUUGUUGAGCUCCUAUCUAAAUUCACAGUGUCCAGAUGAGAAGUUCUACCUCAGAAUAUUAGCUUUCACCGCAAGAUGGAUUGUUGGGGAACAGCUAAAUUUGAUUUUUGGGUGUACUGAAGUGUUGCUUUGUAAAGAAGUGAAGGUCUUUGUAAAACUUGCCUCAUCUCAUGAACACAAAACUACUGCUAGCUAUAUCACCAAUAGGAAAUGAGAAACAUGUAGGAUUCAUUCUGGUGUAGAGUAUCAAGACAACUGCCAGAAGGCUUUUUCACAGAUAUGACUUAAAAUCACUCACAUUUCCCUCCAGAAAUUCUGAAAACAAUUUUCCAAUUAUCACUAGGAUUCUAAGAAAGUAUGUGAAAGUGAACACUGCUGUAAUAUUCAAUGGUUGUCAUUCUCAUUGGAGACUACAUCUCUCAUUCUUGUGUGUAUUUUUCUCUCUUCCAAGUUUCCAAAUUGAGUUUUCUUGAGGAGAGGUUUCAAAGCUAUAGUCCCCAGAAUUACCAUGCACGAAGAUUGUAUCACACUUCUGUUUCAUGUCAAUAAAAAUG